AUGCGAAAGCGGCAAAUCGACACACUGAAGAUAUUCAACCACAACGUACAAGAGGUGAAGGAAAAUGAGGAAUACCUGGUUAACUUUGACUGCGGUGGCCGUGAGAUUGCCAUCAACAUCCACCUUGGCAGUGGAUUUCCGAAUGAAAAGCCAAAACUAAUAGUUAGCCCGAUCCUUCGACAUCCAUGGGUUAAUGCGACCACUGGUGAAAUCGAGCAUGCUCCGGGAAUACUCAACUACACCAUUCAUUCCGAUCUUGGGCGAAUAGUGCAAGCGGUGGGGAGAGAAUUUGAAAAGCACCCACCAAAGUUUGUAAACGAAGCGGCUUCCAUGCCGCUGCAUCUUCCUCAUCAUGCGCAGCCUGGCCACCAGCGAAAUGGAAACACUCAGGAACACUCGGCCGACUGCCGUAGCAUUGUCGUGUCACCAUCGCAUGAGCAGGAUCAGUUCGGAUUGCGAAAUCUCACCACGGAUGAACUGAAUCGUCUCAAUACGGACGAAGACUAUCUGGAAGAUUACGUCACAAGACUUCCGUUCGUGCAGCAACAGAAUGACGAAAUGGAUCAGUUGCUAGCUGGAAUCGAAUCGCUCGCUGUGGGCAACCUAGCUCACAAGGAAGCAGUGGAUGAUCGUAAGGCGAAGGUAGAGUCCUUGGCACUUGAAUUCAAGGAGCUUGGUCGACAGUGGGAAUCCAUGAACCAGCGAUAUCAGCGAAAGGCGGAAGAUUUUUCGCCCCAGCACAUCAAGGAGCUGCUACAGAUCGCUGUCUCGACCGCGGACGGCAAGAGCGAUGACGAAGCGCAACGAUUUCUGGGCGGAGAGAGCGACUUGGGGACGUUUCUGCAAAACUUCAUAGAAUCCCGUAAACUCUACACGAUGCGUAAAGCCAAAGAGGAACGAUUGGUGCAGCAGCUCACCGCUCUCGAGCGGGCAGCUUUUUGAGGACGUUUAGAGGCGCGAAAAUAAUCUAUCUGCUUGUGAUAUUGUUGAUUAAAGAUUGUA